UGUUAUUUUUUCUAUUCGUCUGUUGUGUACGUGGCGGUUGUGCGAUAGAAAAGCGACUCUGAAACUGUAAUCGCUCUAUUUUACAAUUACAAAGUGGUUUGUUGUGCGUUUCUCUGAUUUACAGCUAAGUUUAAAUUCUUUAUAUUUUUUUAUGGAAUAGUUCUAGUGUUUCUUUGCGAUAUAAUGUACUGGAAACUCAGAUUUAUCGUCUAGCUUUACAUAAAGAACAGAAUUUCAGAUUUUUACCGUUUUGUUAUUUCAGAGACAUUACAUUUUACCUAAUUUAUUUAAAGACGUAAGUACCAAAUUUUAAAAGAUGGUCACCAAACAGAGAAUGCGCAUUGCAUCUGACAAACACAGCAAGAACAUUACGCAACGCGGAAGUGUCGCAAAAAGUUUGAAUCCUAAGGAAGAAAGUUCCCCUGUUGGACCAUGGCUGCUUGCUCUUUUUAUUUUUGUUGUUUGUGGAUCAGCAUUGUUCGAAAUUGUCCAACACGUGCGAAUAUUUGGGUGAAAAGGAAAGACAGGAAUUGAUAAACUGUGUUCAGAAUAUUGAACAUAUUUUGUACUUAACUUUGGUGUUUUUAAAUUCUGACCAAUCGUUAUUUUAUUUAAUGACUGUAAAUAAAGCAAAAUGACUUUUA